AUGGCCUCGGACCAGGAUGUUGCUCAGCUGCUGGAAAUUACUUUCUACCAGCUUGACAAAGACCAGGCCAAACAGCUUCUGGGGAUAACUGGCAACAAUGUCCAAGCCGCGGCGGAGAAGUUCUACGACAUGGAUAUCGAGCCGCUCAAAGCUCUAUUGAGGGACUCCAAGCCUACGUGGGAUGAUACCGCCUUCGGCGCGGGUAGCUAUAGGACCGAAGACACAGGUGGUGCGCUUCCCACUUUCAAUAUUGACUAUGCCCCAGGCUUUGAGAAUUACCCCCACAGUACCGGAAACAGCAGAGCACCCACGCGCCCGCCCUCGCGAAGUAGCCAACACUCCGCAGUCUCGACGCAUGCUGGCGACGCGCCUGUACAGAGUCAGUAUAGAGAGGGUGUGAGCAGCGCACGGCUGACAGAGACAGGCAUCGAGAACACGCAAGAAUCGGGAGUGAUAGGCAACUCGAAGCCAGUCUUUGGGCCCGCUAAGAGGGACCACUAUGACUCGUCACAAUGGGCUUUGGUAUCAACGGCUACAGAGGUCAUCUCAGAUCCAGUUCCUAGCCAGCGGCAGCGCGAAGAGGGCCAACCCGCUAUCCUUAAGCCAUCGCCCAGUUUCAACUACUUCCCCGCCCUCAUCCCUAUCCUUCACUCGAUACCACUAUUCCGAAAUGCCUUGCUCGCUCCCGGCGUCGUGCAAAAUGACUAUUGGGUGGGCGAGGAUUGGUGGAAAGGAAGCCCCUCACCACCGGCGCGCAUCAUCGAUACUACCAUUGGUAUUGCCGAGGAAUAUGGACUGGACAUCAUACAUGAGACUCAACGUUUGAUGGCAUUCCUAGACAAUACUGACAGGGUGUACGGCUCCACUGGCUCUAUGCUGGAACUAGACGCUUGGAAAGAGUCACGUCCGCCCAUCGAAGACCCAGACGACGAUCUCCUCAAAUUUCUCGUACUUUGGGGCUUCGCAUAUCAGAGUCAAGUUGCCGAUGCGCAACUUGAUGGUAUUUUGCGAUCUACUUUCAACGCUGGCGGGGCUAUUCGGGAAAGCUUCGUGCUUGACUCCACUGUGACACGCGUGCAGUCCAAGCCUGAUUUGAGCAUAUAUGACGUUCUCGACGACACUCUCUUUUCCUCGGUCACGGGAAGUGCGCACAUUGUCGACAUUAGCAAUAUCCUCAUCUUUCGCUUGACAUCCGCCAAGACGGACGCAACCGACUUGGGUUGCCGCAUCCCUGCUACCCUCUACGUUGAUCGCUACCUUGAGAAGAAUCGGCAUGUCAUUGAUGGCAUGUACAGGGAUAUGAAACAAUACGAGGAUCAGCUAAAGGACAUCGACACGCAAGAGCAGCGGCUGAAAUACCAUACUCCCAAGAAACAAGGAGUAAAUCGAAUAGAGUCUCUGAAGUUGCUACAGACGAGCAUGAAGGCCUUCCAGCCUCCGAAGGAUGGAUCAGAUGUGAACUCGCAGGAUGCUGUAGUCUUAUCCCAGCUGCAAAAUCUCUUCCAGAGCCUCGAGAGCAGACUCGCCGCCCUCGGUGAACAGGCUGCUGAGAUUCGGAGGACGUUGGACGGCAUCUCCGGUCGCUUCAAGCCAUCUGUCAACGAUGGCGUGGAUAUUGCCAUGGACACUGCGAAUGCCGAGUAUCCAGAGGGGGAGACCCCGCAAGACGCCAUGAAUUACCCAUACCAGCUCUACGGUGUAGCUACUCGCCGCGACGUCGUCUACCUUGUUCAUCCGGAUAUCAAAUCCAACGACCCAGGUGCAAAACAGUGGUGGCGCAUGCAGUAUGAUACAGAAUCCGCUAACCCAGUCAUCAUGCGCGACCGCCUCAGUCUGCAGGAAGUCAUUGAGCGCGCAACAUCGGAGUCCGCAUCCGUGCUUCUUAUCUACGCCAAUGAAGCUGCUACGUCUGUUGAGCCGGUACCGCUGUCUAAACCCCUCGAAGACUUUGUCAAGAGAGACAAGCUGAAUUUCUUGGAGGAGCUACAAAAGAAUGCGACGGGGUGGGAGGGCUUUGGUGAUUAUGGAACCACCGCGCAGGGCGAGUGGGACAAAGAUCCCCCAACCUACGACGGCGAUGGCGAUUGGAGUAACGUGGGUGCUAAAGAGUUCUACAGCCACGACAGGAACGAUUCAAACAUGAGCUCUACGACACUGACGCCGAACACAGAACUUGGCGAUGAUGUCGGAGAGGUACAGGAAAUGGUGGAAGUUAAUGGCGGCAUGGAUGCGUUUGCUGGCUUGUCGAGCAGCGUUUCUAGUGACACAGUUGGCGCUGAGGCCAUAGAUGUCGAUAGGCCGCUGUCGCAAAGCAAUCCCAGCCUACGAGAUGUCAGCAUGGUCGAUGCGCACGAAAAGAUGGUGACGCAGCAUACUGAGGUUGCGGAGAAGAAGGGGGGGUAG